AUGGAAGAGUGCGCCAAACAAGGCGCAGAACUUGUAAAUAUUGUCCGCAGCGCGCAGAUCGACCAGACCUUGAUCGUGGAUUUGAACGAGAUUGUUCAAGAGGCCGAAAGGAAUGGCCUCAACGAACGGGUGUGGCUGGUUGGUGGUCUGCAGGACGCGCUGGCUGUUCCUCAGCUCGCCUACGACUUGUGGUUGACGACGAACCGAAUCAUGGAGAAGAGAUCGGUGGAGAGGAAAGUGUUGGCGCUGGAAAAACGAUUCGGCAGCGAGGAGUUGGAAAUGUAAGCAAAAAAUGAAUGCAUGUUUCAAGGGUUUUUGUGGUGUCUAUCAAUCUGUCGGGAAAAUAAUCAGCACUCUGUCACAUUGAAAAUUGAAUCGUCGCCGAGAAAAUGAAUUGUGUCGCGGCAAAAACAAAUUCUUUUCAUUUCAGCGUUUGGCGCAGCGACAUUGUGCUUAUUAUUUUCCCGACAGACAGAUAAAUUUCGCUACGAAUUCUUCUUUGAUCAUUGCAAAAAUUUAUGUCAAGAUAAUUCUAGAUCCUCCGUACCCGCCGACAAGCCUCUCUCAUACAUCUGCGGACUUCUCCCGCUAACUCGCCGGCGUCUUCUUUACGAAGAAGCCUUCCUGCCCAAAGGUGUCCCCUACUUUAUCGAGGAACCCAGUGCCUCCUACUCGUACAUCAAUCGGCCCGAUGGGCAUUUCAUUACCAUCCCAUGCAGAGCCGAAGGCAACCCAAAGCCGGUAAUAAAAUGGUUCCAAAGUGGCGUGGAGCAAGUGAAUUUGGACUCGAACAGCUCGUCGUUUAUUGUCAGCGGAGGCGCAUUGCUAAUUCCGGUGGGGAAAGAGCACAUUGCCGAGGUUAUGACAUUUCAUUGUACCGCCACAAAUUUGCUGGGUAAGCUUGUGGCUUUAACUUGUUUUUAUGGCGCUACUACUUUUCGAGUCAGCGAAAGUUCGGGUUACUCAUACGGAUCGUAUCGGUUCGUAUUUGUAUGCAUGGGGGAGGCUAGGUGAGGGCUUAGUCCGUAGAAAUAGUAAAAUUCAUCUGAUCCUAGGACAGCUUACCACCCACCCAUUUUAAACUAUUUUGCAUGUACUGAAAUCAACCUUAUCCAGAUAAACGUUAUGGAUUUUCGUUUUUUUUGCAAAAUUUCAAAUUUCAGUCUUAUAUAUGUUACAAUAACUCAGAUAAAGGCAACUAAUGUUAGUAACAGCUAAAAUUAGAAAAGUGGACGUAUUUCAAGUCUUCGCCAAGCCUCCGCCGAGCCCACGCCGUGCGUUUGCCGGCCACAGGCCUCGUAAAUACUUCUUACAGCCUUUUUUUGGGUAUCCACUUGCUCUACCCCCCGUAUUGGUGGAUUUUGCAUUGACCCGAACUGUCGUUGACCCGAAAAAUCGAGACGCGUUUUUUAGGCCAUCUGAAGUCAAGGUUGGGCCAAUAUGCCUUUCAGAAUUGCUUUGCUUUAUGUAAUAUCCUUCCAAAUCUUUUCAGGCACAAUCAGAAGCUCCUCCACAAUAAUCCGUCCGGCUUUUAUUGAGCCAUUCCGACCAAACAGACUUGACGCGUAUCCAUUGUCGUCCAGAGGAGACGGAACCAGGCUGGAUUGCCAAGCCCCUCCACAUUAUCCAAGUGGGUUUGAAAUCUCUUGUAACAUUAUGCAAAAGGGCAAAAACCUUUACUUUUUUUAAUUUCGACGCUGACUUUUCCGAUUUUGAAAAGACAUUUUAACGACAAUAUCGCUAAAAGAAUUGAGGUGUUUUGUCUAGAAGAAUAAGACAAAAGAGACGAAAGAUUCAGGACUGAUCCGAUUUUGUCCUUUUUAUGUUUGUUUUAUGGAUUUUUUGCGGCUAUUUUUGCGUUUUGUCCCGAGCACUAGGCGUUUUCAAAAGUACAUAGACUUUUUUCGCGGUGAACUGUGCACUUUGCUUUUUUGCAUUGUGCGAUAAUGUCUGUCGCGCUCGCAAAGUUCGUGGCGACAAAAAAUCUUUGUGUCGCGGCGAUUUUUCAACCGCAUUUGCAUAAGGUGAAAGGCAAAGUUGGGAGAGCUAGCGAAGAAAAAGUUGCUGCUAUUUUAAAAAAGCGUAGUAUCAGUCUGUCGGGAAAAUAAUGAGUACAAUUGCGUAAAUUGCGUCGCUCAAAUCAAAAGAAAUUUGAUUUUGCCGCGACGAAAUUAAAUUUUCCGGCGGCGAUGCAAUUUUUGGUUUUUAUGCUCAUUAUUUUCCCGACCUACUGCCGGUAACCUGACCGAACUGUUAUCAGGUACCAAUUGCUCAAAUAACUAAUAGGAAGGCUUAGAAUUCACCGAAGCCCCGGAAAUUCUCCAACGACUCUCUGUAGCGCCUUCAGCGCACAAAAAAUCAACGUCUUCUGCAAGCCCUCGGCUUGUGAGAGUAUAAGACAUAUUAUGCCUGUUAUUAUUUGCAUUUCUAUAUAUUUUUUUCGACCCGAAAAGCCAUUGAGUACACUCUUUUCGCUGUUUCUUUUGUUUGUUCACCUAAUUCAAGUCGGAGGAGUUAUGAGGAAUAUACCGCCGACUUCGAGGAGGAAGUGGAACUGAUAGUCCGCUCUCCCCCGGAAUCCUCACCCCAUUCCCCUGCACUUGGAGCGUGCUCGAUUAGCGGCAGUUUGUUUUUGAGGUGGAUGAAGCUGCGUGUCCUUAAUUAGGCGCCUGCAGACAGUGUCCUUUUCGCUCAGCUGGACGGGAUGACCUUUGUUGGGGGUUUGGAAAUUUAAAUUAACAGAGAAAGUACUACAACUGCGACGCUGCGGCUUUGAUGAAACUUGACAUAGAUUUGGAUUAUUUCUUGAUAAAUUUUAUGUGAGACUACGAACUCGCGCUGUCCAGAAACGAGUGAAAAUGUUAUGGUUGAAAGCCGGCAAAUGUGUGGCGUAUUUUUGCGAGUUUUCGCAUGAAACGAUUGCUGCCUAUUUCUACCGUAAAACGUAAUUUUUCCACAAAAAAGUUGUUUGGGUGGAAGCUGGCAAGGAUACGGCCAAAAAUUUUUUUUCUCUAUGACCGCCCUUCGCAUUUCGCAUACUCUCCCGGCCUGAAACAGUCGUUGCAUAUCUCUGUUGUGGCUGCAAAGCAAGAGAUAAGAUUUUUAGAGAUUGAUUUGUGGCCUAUGCCUGAUACGUGUGCAAAGCUUAAGAAAAAUUUGAAGCGCUGCACGUGGAGUACCUCCCUUGAUAACUUGAUUUUAAAGCUUUCAAGACAGGGCAAAGUCCUUCCGAGAACUGAUUAAAGAAGUUCAUGAUUUUCUGCAGACCCAAAAGGUCGGCUACAGCCAAUUUCCUGAUCAACCUUGAUCAAAGUUUUGCGAAUUUUUUAUAAUUUCACGGCGUUUUCUUAUGACUCAUUUGUCGUUUUGUAAUUUUCACAAGAUGUUUUGUCUUGAAUCACUUGAAAUUUUUCAUAAUUCACGAUCAAGUGGUUGGAGAGGUAAAUGGGGAAGAGUAAUUGACAAAGGGCGAAUUAGUGUCAUAAAUUUGAACCUUAAUCGAAAAUGGUUAAUCAUCAGUAAUUGGGUGGGAGAAUUGGUUUGUAAAGUGUUUGUCGGCGUGAUAAAUUGAUGAUUGUUUUUGCACAUCAAACCGUGGAGGUCUUAAAUUACUUGUAUAGGGCUUCGUUGCUAUCAGUCUGUCGGGAAAAUAAUGAGCACUCUGCCGCAUCGAAAAUUGCAAAAAAAAUGAAUUCUGUCGCGACGAAAUCAAAUUGCUUUUCACUUCAGCGACGCGACCGGCGUAGCGACAUUGCGUCAUUAUUUUCCCGACAGACUAAUACAGAGAUUUUACCUCUAGGCCUUCAGGGCCUUCCCAAAAAGUUUGCUGAUUUCCAGCCUUAUUGCAAUUAUGUAAAUACCCUCCCCAUCCCUUCGCCGUUGUUUACCCCAAACAUGGUCGGAGCAUACAAAAGGUCCUUUCUCCGUUUUUGUUUUCCGAAAAUUUGCGUCAAUUUCGGGCUGAAAACUUUCUCCGAAAGUGCGGCUGAUUUGCAUCGCUCUGAUAGACGGACCCCCUUCUUUUGUGCUGCGCUGAAUUUGUGAUAGCGGGGAUUUGAAUAAAUUCGGGGAUUUCGGUGGCUUUGAAGUGCUAUUGUUUGGUGGUCGCUUUGUCCGAAGUCUGGGAUUUUGAGUCAGUCUGGCUCGAACUGAUUCUUUUUUGAAAUUCUGGGAGUUGAAGACAAUAAAAGGUACCUAACUCCUUCUAUUUCAAACCGUUUGGUUUUCAAAAACCCCUAAAAAUCCCGUUUUCGAUUCCCGUGCCCUAAGGCCAUCCCUCUUCUUCUUCUCCAUUUAUCAGUCCCAUUAUAUCCGAAUGGCCUCCAGCGAUUAUCUAUAGCCAUUCCCAGAUCAUAUACAGCUACCAAUUGCCUGCUGAGAAAACAAAUUUGAACGAGCAAACCUGCAAUGGGAGAGUCGGUUUCGGGGCCGAGAGUACUUCGAAAAAUAAAAAAUUGUUUUUUUGGCGGAUCAAGGGUGAUUUGAGUGGGAGGUGGGAGGAGGCGAAUUCAUGAUUAUGAAAAAACACAGGAACUCGAUUUAUGUGUCGUAGGUGUGUUUGUGGGGUGGUCGUUUGUGGGGCAGGAGGGUGGUAGCUGUUGGGAAUUAGUUGUUUUUUAGCUGACGGUAGAGCUUGAGAUGCAACUUACAGAUAAACGUAAUGUUACUACCUGCCUGCCGGGAAAAUAAUGUGCAAUAUGUCGCAUCAAAAAUCUCCGAGAAAAUGAAUCGUGUCGCUAAAAACUCAACUUGCUUUUCACUUCUGCGACGCGAUCGGCGCAGCGACAUUUCCCUCAUUAUUUUCCCGACAGACAGGUACAUCAAAAUCAGAGCUAUUCAAGGCCCAUGCAAGAUUUUUGUUUUACGUCUUCACGUACAGUCAGGACUUUUGCAGUUCAAGAGCCAUAAAAUUCAGCCUACUUUAUGCUUUUUAACGCAAAAUUAAUUGAAAAAUUUUUUCAUGCGACGUUUCUUUAAAGAAUUUUAUUUUCUAGAUUUCCUGGCUAUCUAUGCUAUCUGCCUUGCAGACAAAAUGUCAGGCAGUAUCCUUGCUGCAUCUGAAAAACGCGAAUUCUCUAAAAAAUGAGAUUUCGCUCUUUUCCAAAGCGAAAUUCAUAAUUUAUCAAGCCCCCGCUCUUUUUUGAAUAAUUGACCCGUUCAACAAACCGUAUGCUCCUCCAAAUUCCUCCAUAUUUCAAUUAUCCGGCUUCAGCUCCUUCCGACUCAAUUUAUUUUCCCCGUAGGCAUGCAGAUGGAUCGCUUAAUCAACCAAAUUUCCUGAUCGGGAUGACAAAUUGCCUACGUAAGACGCCAUCGUGUUUCUUCCUGUUUUUUGAUAGUUUGUCUUCGGCCCAAAUCUUCGCUGUAUAUAAUCGCGUUUCUCUUUCGAGCGUCAGCUGUGCCUGGACGUCUGAGCGGCUUGAUCGUCAGUCUUUUUUAUAGCAUGAGGAAGAUUUAGAGGUUCAUGGAAAUUAACUGUUUAUAAGGGGGUUUUAACUGCCUUUGUUGCCAUACGUUAGUCAAAAUCAAAUGGUGUUUUGCAACGCUUGCAAAGCACCAUUUGCCUUUUUAAUGCUCACGUCUUACUCGGAAGACCUCGAUUUCUUAUUCUUACAGAAAAUUUGAUAAGAUAACAGUACAAAAGCUCCAAAAAAUUGAAAAACUCAAGCGAUCGCUCAAUUUGGUCGCUAUUUUGAUUUUCUCGCCUCGUACAGCGCUUCAUAAACUUUCCUUUUUUAUGAAUAAUCCCCGCCAUGAACAGAAUGUUAAUACUAAACGUUUUUGCAUUCAAAAACGUAGCGGUUUGUUUAUUUAGCCGGCUUAAUUUUGGGGAGGAAAGGCUUCAGCCGUUUUUUCUGCGGCUUUGCGUUAUUAUUUCGCUAAAUUGCAGCGUUUUUAUUGGCUGGUGCACUAUUAAAAUUUUGGUAAAUUCUGCAACUUUCUCCAUAAGAAAGUUGCGGAACCCACAUUACUUCAAACCGCCAGCCCAAAGAUUAAUUUCGGCUUUAUUGGAGGGGACAUGCGGCCACUCAUGGGACAAUUUAGCCAAUUUCCGGCGACAACUCGACCCUCCCGCAAAUUCCCUCGCCCUGAUUUCGGUCUCAGGCUUUUUUCCGCGAACUGCCCGAGGCAAUUUCGGAAAAUCCGCGGGGCUUUUUGACAAAAUCCGCUUAAGGCGCUUUUUGCGGAUUUAAAUCCGCAUUAUGAUGUUGGGGCUGGAGAGGACAUAUCGCUCCGCCGAACUUGAAAUUAACUCCUCUUGGCGACGGGGGCGCGCUAAAAGUGGGGAUUGGAUUAGCGAUAAGUGAGUGGGGCAAAUGGGUCCGCUCGAGGGGUUGGGUGGUCGAUUUCGAGGCCGGUUGGCUAGGCUGUUGAUAUUAUUGCGGGAAGAUACGAACUUCCAGUGAGGUCAGUAUCAGUCUGUCGGGAAAAUAAUGAGCAAUAUUUCGCAUCAGCAGUCAUAUCACCGCUGAGAAAAUAAAUUAUGUUGCAGCGAAAUAAAAUUGCUUUUCACUUCAGCAAUACGAUUUGUGAUGCGAUAUUGUGCUCAUUAUUUUACCGACAGACUGAUUUCCAGAUCUUGAAAACUACUAAUCUUUUGUGUGUUUUCGGAUUCUGCCAACGCUCUUAUUCUCUCACAAAAAUUUCCACAGUAACCUCGUUCCUUCCUCGAUGCACCAUUUCCAAAUUUCAUGCUCGUAAAACAAACUUUGAAGGCCCCCCCCCCCCUCAAACCGCCCGCGCCGCAGCUGAACCUGACACUCUCCUCCUUAACGGAUUCAAUUUGAGUUGCCUGAGGGCAUCUCGUUCUGUGUCAUCACGAGACUUUUAUUUGGUUAGUCCUGAAAGCCUGUAUAGCUUCCGAAAUUCAAUUUACUCAAUCCCCGGCCCCCGAAAAUGAGGCCGCCAUUUCAGGCGUGGUUGGGCCGCAACGGAAGGAUGGAAUGCGGCUUCUCCGUAAGAUUUCCGGCCGAUUUUUUCGUUGAGACAAUGUGAUGGGCUUGGAAUCGGAGCGCCGGCGGUUUUCUAGAGGGUUUUCUAUGUCAAGCGGUUUAUUUUUACGAUUACUGUGGGGGUUUACAUCUAUUUUGGUCUUAAAGCUUAUUGGAUUAUAAAUUAAGGACCAAACUUUUAACAUAAUUUCAAAAAAGGCCAAUCCUUUAACAUAAUUUUGAAUUGUAGUGCCAUUUAUUGUCAAAGCCACGCAUUCAGCACCCCCUCUCGUCCUUAUAGCUUUCGCUUUUUGACUGCAUAUUCAGUUAAUUAUAGUAAUAUAAACCAUUGUCUAUGAAAAAUUACCCACAUAAGCCGUCUUCGAACACGUCUCCUUGUCUCCCUUCAUACUCUUUUUAACCGAGUAAUUUAACCGCAGAAGCCGGCUUACAAAAAGGUUUACGCUCCCCUUUUGUAUCAUUAAAUAAUAAUUAAAUUCCGGUUAGUUUCUCAUUAAAAUCUUCAUUUGAAAUCCCCUUGAGGCGUUCAAGAGGCAAAAUGAUGCGCAUUGGGAGGGAAGCGAGUGGAGGAAGAGAGGAUUCUAACCAUCGACUUCAUUACGGAGUAAUGCAGUUUGGGUUGAGAGGGUACGACGGGUAUUGUAGGGUAUGGUAAGAGGGGAUUUUGGGGAAGAAUUAUGAAUUUUUUGGAGCUGUUGGAGUUUGGUGAGACAAAAGGCGUAGUACACAUCAAUUUGGUAUGAUGUAGGUAUUUAAAAAAAAAUUAAUUUGAAUAUCACUCUGUCGGGAAAAUAAUGAGCACUCGUCGCAUCGAAUAUCUGGGUAUGACGAUUAUUUUACGGUAUGGUAAGAGGGGAUUUUGGGAAGAAUUAUGAAUUUUUGAGGGUUUUCAGAGUUGGAGCAGUCAAAAGCAGUUGAUUAAUAACUAGUAAGGAACUUUUGAAAAAAAAAAUCAAUUUGAAUAUCAAUCUGUCGGGAAAAUAAUAAGCACUCUGUCGCAUCGAAAAUCGCAUAGCCGCCGAGAAAAUAUCAGUCUGUCGGAAAAAUAACGGCGGAUCGUCGCAGCAAAAUGUCUCGCCUCGCCGCGAUCGCGCACCAAAUCCCAAGUCGCGGCUUGCAGUCGCAAAGCGAUGAUGAGCGAUUCCGAGGCGCGACGAUCCGCCGUUAUUUUCCCGACAGACCGAUAAAUUGUGUCGCGACAAAGUCAAACUAAUUUUUACUUCAGCGACGCGAUUGGUGUAGCCACAUUGUACCCAUUAUUUUCCCGGCAGACUGAUUCACUUGCCUUUCGACUAUUUCCAUAGUCUUUUGCACCUCCAAAAAUCCCCAAACCGCUUUUGCAGCCGAUUUUUUGCCCGAUUUAACCCGAGAAUCCGCGAAUUCCACCCAACGAUAACCCCGAUUCCACGCACCCCGAUAUCUAAUCUCCCUGUAAUCUAAAUUGUCAUUACAGCCCGACCUGACACAAAUAGCGCUAGCGGACGGCUUUUUGCUGUGUUUCAAAAAUUAAUUAAAACAGCCUCGAUUUAUUGUUUCUGAAGCGGUUUUCGAAUGGUAAUUCCACAAGGGUAAUGAAGCAUGUUGUGGCGAGAGUCUUGACGUGAUAAAAAGACGAGCGAAAAGGGUGGGAAAUUAGAUUAGAAGAGUUGCGGGGACCAGUGUCAGGUUGUUUUUUGGGGGUCUUGUUGCACUGCCUAGGUGUCCGCAAAGUUUGAGAUUGAUAAAGAACUUGUGAUUACAAUUUAUUAUAUCUCCAUUUGCAAUGCAAGUCAGGCUUGUUUUGCAUGUCGAUUAGCACCGAGACCAGUUUGUUUCCACCUGUCUAAAUUUUAAUUUCCCAUGCCCACCUGAUUUCCCGUGUUGUUGUAGGUGUUGUUGGUCCUAAUCCGCCGCAGGCGCAGUUACGUAAAUCCGGUUCUUGGUUACAUUUUUGGAUAUAAUCCUAGGUUCUUGGGGAAUCAUAGGAAAAAUAUUUCAAUCUUUUUUAUCGACUAGCAACGGAUUUAGCGCUUGUAUCUUUAUCUCUCUUACUGUUGAAUCAUAACGGCAUUUUUUUCGAAAAAAUGCAGUUAAGACUUUUUACAACGGGCUGCAAGAUACCAAAGUAUGCACUCCGUUUGCACUGUCCGCUAGAGGAGUUUUUGGCCUUUACAGAGCAAAAAAUUCAGGGUUCCAGUGACAGCGGAAGAAAUCUUAUUGCACGGUGCAAAAACCCUAUUACACGGUACGAAAUAAACUUUUGUCUUCUCACUUUUUAUGUCGCAAAAAUCCCCUCAGCAACUUUGCAAACGGACUAGUAUUCAUAGUAAAAAACUUUCGUUGUACGGAGGUUUAUUUUAGUCGAAAAUUGGCCCCUAGAACCCUUGUAAAUGCUUGCUAUAGCCAAGUUUUUACGUACAUUGCUGAAAAUUUACCCCUGCAGCCGUAUUUACAAAAACAAAAGCCAAAAAACCCCCAUGCGGAUCUGUUUUUUGCUCCCUUUUUACCUGAUUUUUGCGACCCGUUUGAUCCCGGUUCGCCCACGCUGCCCGUGAAACGGGCAUGAUGCCGUUCGGCCCCGUCCUUCUCGAGUAAAUUCGCUGUCCCCGAGACCACUAGUUUGUUUUUCACGCGCAAGAAGACAAUUAAACCGGCAGAGGAGGCAAAAGAAUGGGAGUGGAAUUUGGUUUAUCCGUGCCCGUAAACAGACCUGAUCAUUCCUAAUGCAUUAAAUAUUACGCUUCUUUCUUCGUUUUUUCUCGUUCUGUUGGUAGUUUACUACCUGUUAGGUCUAAUUUGGGGUCUCGAUGAUUACAGCUGUGGGUUGUAGAGCUAAUUAGAAUUUUGCGAAUGUUUUCGGCUACAGAUUAUGCGUUGUUUACAGAAGCUCGCGUAUUUCGAAGGGAGGGUUUUGUUGUUCCGAAUUCCUUUUCUUUGGAAUUUCUAAUAUCUGCGAGAGAUAGUGUAAGAAAUUUGUUAAAAUUGUGUGGCUAGCUGCUGGAGCGCGCAAAUUUGUAAUCUUCCGGUGGUUUAAUUUUUUUUUAUUGACCGUCAUUCGUCAUGUGGCGCUUUACCUUCCUGGUGCGUUUUAUUAACUGGUUUCGUAAAGUGUGUUGCCAAUAAAAUACUAUGCAACGGAAAAAGAUUAUACGAAAAAAAUUUCUGUCGGGAAAAUAAUGAGCAGAAUGUCGCAGCAUCGAUCGUGUCGCUGAAUUGAAAAAUAGUUUGAUUUUUCCGCGACACAAUCUAUUUUCUCGGCAGCGAUGCAAUUUUCAAAGCAACAGAGUGCUCAUUAUUUUUUUGACAGAUUGAUAUCAAGGUUUAAUCACCUUUGCCUCAGAUUUGGAUCAUUUUUUUGUCUAAAACGAUGAGAAUUCGCACAAAAUACGGCCCCUAAAGUAUUUUUCUGCCGCACCUAGCGUACGCUCUCGUCCGUUAAGAGCAAAAAAUUACUCCUAUAACGCGCGAGCUAAGAUUCUCAAUAUUUUUACGUGGCAAGCCCUACUUGCCUGCAAAAUUUAGAGAAAAUAUAGGUGUCGCCUAAAACUGUUCCCUUCUCAGCCGGGAGAUUUUUUCCCUGCUCAUCUUCAACACAAAGCCGAACUUAUCUCGCUGAAUCUAGCCUAGAUUCACCCCGAAAUUCCGAAAAUAACUGCUGCCGUUGACUGGUUGCGUUAGUGCUGUCUCCAUUUCUUUCUCGCCGCUGCAAGAUAAAAAAUAGAAAGAUGAGCGGCGAAAGGAAAUCCGUAUCCGCCCGUUUUUUGUGAUAAAAAUCCCGAAAUCUGCCGUGGGGGUUUGCGCCCGAAUCAUGUUGUGUCCGUUUUCAUGUUCUUUAUUGCCGCCGUGAUGGAUUGGAGUUCGGGAUUUCGGAUUUUGAUCGUUGAGAUUGGGUCGGGAAAAGGUCGGCUUGAACCGAUGGGCUUUUGCCCUGCGGCUGUCUUUGCGUUCCGUGAGAUUUGGGGCUUGGCGUUGUCUUUUCUUUCUCCGAAGAGGAGCCUGAGGCGUUUUUUCGUGAGACAAAAUUAUAUAUGAUUAUGAAUACCUCUUUGUUUGCGGUUUUAUAAGAGCAUUAUCUUCGUAUGGCCGAGUUCUUCGGACUCCGGUCCAGGCGUUAGGGAUUUUUCAACUUCUGCCUUUGUAAUACUCCAUUUCUCAUCUGUACAGUCUAUUUUACUCGUAAAAUCACCCGCCCCUCAUCCACCCCUAAAGAUGUUCACCCAUCCCGCGAAUUGACCCUCUCACCCUCAAGGACGCUGAUUUACAGCUAUUUUUCGGCGCUACUUUUACGGGCUUGGACUGUAAAUCUUGAAAGACUUAAUGCCAUCUUAAACCCUCGUGUUAUACGAUCGUGAACUUGAACUUUCGGAUAUAAAGGCCGCGGAUUCUUCAGAUUCUCUCAGGCUUGUGGUGAAACCUGCCGCACUGUGCACCAUGUAGCUUUUUGUCUAGAUUGCACUGCGUCCUGUAAUAUGGCAGAUUGUUGAUGGAUAAGAGAGCCCGGAUAUGGAUGAUGGAUAAGGAAAAGGAGAAAUACGACUACGAUGCAGCGGAUGGGUGGAUAUCCUUAAUUUUGAAGUGAUCAAGCCUUUAUUCUCUAUGAAGCAAGGGCCCACCGGUAAAAGCCCAUCAAAGAAGAGGAAGAUCAGAAGGGUUUCCUGGGCAUCGAUGACUGAUCCAUUGACAUUUUAUCAACAUCACUGACAUCUUACGCCUAUUUGGUUCAAAAUAGUUGUUUCUUAUGUAUUACAGUCCGCCAUACUCUCACUACACACACCACAAAGUAGUCUCGCCUUGUAGCAACACACCUCUCGUCAUCUUUUUUUCACUCAUUCAUUUUUUGCAACUUAGGAUCCUUAUUACUCUUAGGCACUCGCAUACACGUCUGAUAUAGGCAUCACUGUAGGAUUUUCACAUUAGCGCCUAUAUAAUCAAAAACAAUAAUGUCGGAUAAGUCAUCCGCAAUUUUUGCAACGCACUCCGCACCAAUAUUUGCCGCUCACUAUGACCUACAAUCACUCAUACAAUCACAAACCGCAAUCACCAAGAAAUUCACGUUUGUUCCGCACCAUACACACACACAAUUGCACUCACGCUAACACAACACGCUUUUGUUGUUGUUUUGUCCCGUCUUGUCCACUCACUGCACACUUAUUUUUUGCUAGCACCUACGUUUAAUGUAGAACAAAAGCACUAUACGUUCACACACUAAUCACCUGUUUGUUCAUGCACUAAUCACUGUAACCACAAAACACGCACAAACGCACACACAUCUUAUUCAAAAAGCACAAAAACACUGAGAAGUCGAAAAAUGCACUGCACUUUGCACAUUACCGCACUUUUUAUAAAACAAUGCAAUCACUGCACCGUGCACACACAGCAUUGCCUCACGAUGAGCACAACAAAAAUUCACUAGCUUCACACGGAAUUCCGGACCACAAUUUUGCACAUUGCAACACCCACACACACUUUUUGCGGCACCUUCACCACACACCUUAUUGCAGUGAAUAUUAGACACAUCACAGUGCACAUUAGACCACCCCAUCCUUGCUAUAGCACGGUGCACGCACACGGCAUCACUUGAUCAAUUCACUCACCCCGCUCUACGAGGGAUUUACUGUUAGUCCGCCGCCCCACUUUCACCCCCAUUUCACAACACUUUCACCACCCACAACUUACACUUACACUCAUAGAACACCCUGGUAGUACAAAAACACCUAGGAAAGAGACGGUAGCUCACGCCUAGUCCCACCGCUUACGAAGCACCGGUUAAGACAAUUUACACUUUAUAGUCUACGUUUUUCAAGCAAGAUUUUGCAGUUUAAAUAGUCUUCAGUAAAAUUUUAUUGCUAUUUACGACCACUGUUGUCGUCACUACGCCCUUGUCUACGCACAAUCUUCACAUUCACCUAGUCCAAAUCACUAUUAUUACCUUGUUUUUCGCACUUUCACUCAAAGCAGAAGUCUGCACUAUGUCUGCCUGCGCAAUGCACAGCACUCAUAACAAGUCUCGUCCCAAAAAAACUCAAAAACAUUGUAAAUGGUAUCUAUUUUUGUCAACGUGACACAACGCACGGUGCUUACGCGCACAACUGUUAUUACGAAUAAAAAUUUUGCACUCACCGAUGAACUUUGCAUUGUUGUAAAUGAUUUUUUGAGCACAUAAACACGUUAUACGCACAGUGAAAAUUGGAGGUUGAAUUAAAAAAUUUUUAAACUUCGAAAAGGUGAAGCCAGCGUUGAAAUAAAACUAGAGCAAAUGUUAUUAAUGCCCUAGAAUGUUGGCUAUGAUAUAACAAACAAUUCCUCUUCAGAAUCCCAUCGUUAUUCAUGGAUGCGAAGCGGAGUUACCGACAAAUUUGUCAAGGUCGACGAGAGAGUUUAUGUUUCAAUGGAUGGCACUCUCUACUUCUCGUACAACGUCAAGUCCGACGCUGAUACGUAUGCCUGCACGCUGGCUUUGAACGGGCCACGCUCCGGCCAAUACGGUCCAUUCUUCAACUUGGUACUGCCACAGACCACGGAGAAUGUAACGUUCGCUCCUAAAAUUGAUGAGUAUCAGCCACAAGUGUUCCCGGAGGUCCCAGUUCGCGGGCAGAUCGUUCAAAUCGAAUGUUUUGCAUAUGGAUUGUAAGUUUUUACAGUAUGAAAUGACUAAUUUAUUAGGAUAACAUCCGUUUUUGAUCAUGCUCUUUUGCUCUUGAAACCCUCAACGCUUUCUUUUUCAGCCCCGCACCCACCUAUUCUUGGACUAGAAUGGAUGGGAAGCCACUGUCCAAAAGACAUCAAAUCACAAAUUUUGGACGCGUCUUGAAGAUAUUAGCUGCUCAACCAGAGGAUGCUGUUGUUUACAAAUGCACGGCAACCAACGAACGUGGAGUGGCUUCGGCGGAACUUCAUCUGGUCAUUCAAUGUAAGGAAAUGCAGAAAAAACCUUGGCUUUUGUACAGACAGCCUUUAUUAUUUCAAAAAUUUCAAUUCCAGCGCCUCCAUCAAUCCUCCGGCCGCUCAAAGACACGAUGACCUCUGUCUACUCUGAAGUCAAGUUCUCCUGCCCUUCGGCGGAGCCAACUCCCGGCCACGGCUCUCAUAUCGAAUGGUUUCGGAAUGGUCAGCCUUUGGUUCCGAUUCUCAUGGCUCCGGAAGAUCGAAAGCGUCUGAAACUCAAGGGAAAUGACUUGAUUUUGAAGGAUGUUCAAGAAGAAGAUGAGGGAAUUUAUCAAUGUCGUCUGACCAACGAGAUCGGAUCAACUGGCUCUAUUGCAAGGCUUACGGUGAAGAAUGUUUCACCAGCUUUCCAUCCGAAUAUCUUUCCGCAAAGAGUCUUUGUGGUAGAAGGAACGCGACUUGUAAGUUGAGCAAUGCCUUUUAUAAUAUAGUCUUUGUUACAAACAAGUUUUAAAAGCAAAUUUUUUAGCUGCUACCGUGCCUGUAUUACGCGAUACCGCAUGGAAAAGCAAAGUGGCUGCGGCACGAUGGCUCCAAUGCAAAAUUCGAAGAGAUCGUAGAGAAUAACGUGACCUUACUGCUUAUUGAGAAGUUUACCAAAGCUCAUUCGGGCCGAUAUGAAUGCAGAGCAACAAACAAUGCGGGCGAAGCCUCAGCGUUUGUCAAUAUCACCCUAAUGAGUGAGUUUUGGGCCUUUAAAACCUUAGACACCACACCAGCAACUAUUAAUUAAAUGAACUCAAUUUUUAGCCAAGCCAAAGGUUUCGAUUAGUCAGUCUGUUCAGCAAGAAGACGAAGGCGGCUACGGAAUUCGUCUCACUUGCGAAGCGGAGCUAGAAUGCAGCGAGAGCGACGUUUGUCCGGAGGCUCAUUUCGAUUGGCAAUUCAACGAUCAGUCAGCCAGGAUGCUGGCCAAGAAAGGACGACUGAAAAUGCGACAAUUUAUCAGAAGUGCAGAGGAUCCCGGGCACGUGAAGCAACGAGCGGAGCUUGAUGCAUCGGCAGCGUUUGUUAACCACAAUGUGGGAAGGUUUGCUUGUUCUUCUGUUUUUGGUGGCGCAAGUGCUGAACUGGAGCCUUACGGAGGAAGCUCAAUGGCAACGGCAUUUACUCCAACACAAGUCAAGCUCUUGGAAGUCCUGCCGACAGCGGUCAAGCUGGCUUGGAGAUUGCCGUCGAUGGCGAGGAAGAGCGAAGGGAUUGUAAGUAAUGUUUGGUAGUUUUUCGCAUGAACUACUUUGUUGUGGAGCCUCAAAGGCCUCUGCAAUUCCCACAGAAAUUAGCAUAAACCAACUCAUAUAAAAGCAACGUCUCGUCACCAAUUUUAAGAACAUAAUCUUAUUUUCCCUUUCCCGGUGUGGUCUUCUCAAUAAACCUUAUUCCAAAACAUGUGUCUUUCCUGAGAGCGGUGGUCCAAGCGCCACCUCUACUUACCUAGGUUUGAUCGUACACCACAACUUAUUUUUUUAUCACUAACGUUAAUUUUCAGGAGGCUAAGCUCGAAGGUUAUCAAAUCGAGCGUCGCACACAGUCGGAUCGAACUUGGCGACCGGUCUCUCAGGCGCUCUACCGAACGCAAGACAAGAUUAUCGGAUCGUAUUUGGUCCGAGAGCUCUCUCCAAACACGAAGUACCAAUUUCGUGUGCGCACUCAGCUGGCUGAUGGAACCCUCAGCCCGGCUUCUUCAAGUACUGACUGGCUUCAGACUCCGCCCUCACCUCCGGAAGAUAUUGUUCAGAAUAUCCGUUGGAAAAUUCUGGAUACAUCCCAUCUUCUGUUGGAAUGGGAUCCGGUUGAAACUAAGCACACAUCCGGACCGAAUCUUCGCUACAAUGUCACUUGGACCGACUCCACCAAUGAUGUUCGUCAUCAUUACGACAUCGUUGAUCAGCCGACUCAUGUUAUCGCGCUGAAGGCGCUAACAUCCAAGGAGAAGAAGAGCGACGAAGAUUGUCAAAUUAUUGCCGUGGGCGUUCAACCACUCAACGAUCUCGGCGCUGGACCAGCCGCCACAGACACAGUAGUUUAUGUGACUGGCCAUGGACCGAAAAGGUUUGCCGUUGACGUUGUUCUAAACACCUACAACGCGACGCAUCUCAACCUGUCGUGGACGUGGGCGCGAGCCGGCGAAUGUGAGAAUGUCAUAGGCGCGCAGAUAUCUUGCGUUGAAGUCUUUGACGGGCCCGUGAAAGAGGUCACCGAACAAAAUGCAGAAUUCAACCUGUCCAUAGCCCAUUCGUAUAGCCAGUGGCUAGUCGGUGGCCUGAAGCCGUGGACCGAGUAUCAGUGCUCCAUCGGAGCUUUUGAUCAAUACGGAAGACGAGGAAGGCAGAGCUUGACGACAAAGCCAACCAGGACGGCCGAGCCGGCACCAGUUCAUGCGCCGGAGAUAACCAAGAUAAAGUUGACGGAAACACUAAGUGGCUAUACCACGCUGAUCGACUGGACGGCGGUAAAACUGCGGACUGUUGGGAAUUCGACGGCUAAUGAGAGGGGAUACAAGGUGAGUUGAACAUAAAAAGUGAGACUGUCAGUCAGUCGGGAAAAUAAUGAGCACAAUGUCGCUGCACCGAUCGAGUCGCUGAAAUUUGAUUUUGCCGCGGCACAAGUCAUUUUCUCAGUAUCGAUGGUACCUUUGAUGCGACAUUUUGCUCAUUAUUUUUCCGUCAGACUCGUGUUUGCCAAAAAAAGUAUUGCCCUUCUAAAUACUAUGAUUUCAGGUUUACGUCUACAUAAGUGAAACGGCCGAGAAGCCAGUGGUCCUCGAUCUUCUUGAAUCUCAACUCCAAGACCCAUCCAAGCCUUCAGCCAGGAUUGACGGACUAAAGUUGAUGUUCUACUACAAGAUCCAAGUUGCUGGCUUCAACAAAGGCGGCACCGGACCUCGAUCUCAAUCCACAACAAUACGAAUUGGGGCUCCAGACCAACCCUCGUCCGCUCGGUGUGUUUUCUGCAAUCCCGCUGCAAUCUUGAUCGUACUCCUCCUCAGGAUACUCCUUUAG